AUGUCUCUUCCCGCCUGGAACCUGCUCAAAGGUAAAACCGCUGCCAUUACCGGUGGCACCACUGGAAUUGGCCGCGCCAUUGUUUUGGAAUACAUCUCUCAAGGAUGUAAUGUCGCGGUCAACCACUUGGGCCUUCCCAAGGAUGAAUCUCAUCGCCACAGUCUCCUUGAGGAAGUCAAGGCGUUUGAAAGAAAGGGCAUCAAUGCGGGCAAGAUCUUGGAGAUCCCUGGUGAUGUGACCUCUCCUGAGACCAGCACCAACUUGAUCAAGGAGGCAGUGUCUCAAUGGGGAAAGCUCGACAUUUUCGUCGCCAAUGCGGGAGUGUUCAAGCAAGCAGAAUUCCUCAAAAUCGAGCCAUCUUUUCUCAACCACAGCGUCGAUGUCAACGUCAAGGGCUGCUUCUAUUCCUGCCAAGCCGCUGCUCGCCAGAUGGUAAAGCAAGGGCACGGCGGUUCAAUCAUUGGAGUUUCUUCUGUCAGUGCUCUCCUUGGCGGUGGCUUUCAGACACUUUACACCCCAACAAAGGCCGCCAUUCUCUCCAUGAUGCAGUCCAUGGCAAUUGCAUUGGGCAAGGAUCACAUCCGAUGUAAUGCGCUGAUGCCUGGUACCAUCGCCACCCAGCUGGCGGAUCAUGACAUGAAGAACCCUACCAAGAAGGCUGCUUUGGAAGAGCGCAUUCCCCUUGGUCGCAUCGGUAGCCCGGAAGAUAUGGCAGGCCCGGCAGUGUUCUUAGCGUGUGAGGAAAUGAGCCGAUAUGUGAAUGGCAUGGGAUUGUUGGCGGAUGGAGGCAUGUAUAGUAAAUUGCAAUAA